AAAUCCUUGGUUAAGUCACCAGAUAUGGAUGGGUUGCAAGACGACAUGGAGUCAAUCAUAAAGGGCACUCUUGCCCACUUGAGUGAGGAGACGCUGACAUGUCUUCUUGAACACCUCUCUAACAUUGGCAUAAGGACCUCAGAUGACUUCAGAUUUCUAACAGAGGAUGAUUUAAAACAAAUGAUUUCAUUGAUUGAUAGCAGAAAACUUCUACAUGCAUUUAACAACAGAGGUGGUGGUGGUACACAGUGCAGUCAGCCAAGUGACAAUGCAGCAAGUGAAACAAUUACACUGACAUUAACUCCAGUUACUGAAUUGGAAGUCUCCUCAAUAAUGACUUCACCACAGUGCAGCGUUCCUUUGCAAAAUAAAACAUGGACUACGACAUUUAAAAUUCCAUGGGAGAAGACUAGGCCCACUCUACAAAGAUGUCUCGCUCAGAACACAAUCCCAGAAGACACAGACAGACGGCACAUGGUUAGAAUCACUGUAGAUGCCAUGAGAGAAAAAUGCUUAAACCCAACAUGGAGUCAGUGUACAGUAAUUGCUAAAAGUGUAGUUGACAAAUACCCUGGUAGCUUUGAAGACAGAACAGAUGAAGGUGACAGAAUGGGCAAUGGAUACUUCACGUUGUCCUCACAACUGAAAAAUAGAGUGGAUAACCUUAACAGAAACAAUACCCUUGCCCGUCUCAGAAAGCCAAAAAGACCUGCGGAUACUAACAAUGUCCACCCAGCACAGCCAGAAAAAGUUGCAAAAACUGACAGUUAUGGAUGCAUAAACUGGCAGCCAUCUCAAUUACCAGAAGGAGAGACAAUAGACUCUCUACAUCAUAAAAAAGAAGAACUUAAAUUAAUUUUCUCUCAAGAAGGACCAAGUGGAGCAGACCGUGUAAGAGUGAAUGAUUUGAUGGUCUUAACUUAUGCAAGUCAGCGCAGUGCAAUAAACUCCACACCUUCACUUAGUGUACAUGAAUUGAAAAGAGAAUGGCCUUUCCUGUUUAUGAAUAAGUUUUUAAUGCAGCACUUCACUUACUGGGAUCGAGCUUGAUGAAAGGCUGAGAGAAUGCAUUGCUGGAAAAGGAAGGAGGGUGCUCCAGUUCUUCAAAACUCAAGUUUCUUCGCUGGACAAAAGAAGUGAAGACUGUUCUUGCCGACAUUGAACGUCUCCAAGGCGAAAACAUGGACUCAACAAUCGCUGUCAUAUUGCUGAUGAUGACCUUCUUUAGAGAGAAAGAUGAUGCCAUUUUCCUUCUUGCUGAUGUCACCAGUACCCAUGCAGAUGCUGAAGCUCCGUUGUCGCUUCCCACUACACCAAGAAUAAUCAUGCUGGGUGAGGUUGUCAUUCAGACUUAUACC